GGGGGAGGCUUGGUAGAUGCCCGUCAGCUGACGAGGAUGCCUCGAAGAUGUCUCGUGGCUAGCGGCGAGCGACGACGACGAGGAAGAGGCGUGUAGGGGGUUGCUCGGGGGCCCUACGGGGGUGAGUGGCGAUCACGGUCGCAAGGAUGUUCCGCGCGGACGGCUCGUCGUCGAAGGGCAGUUUCCUGCAGCAGAAGAAGGCCGCGCGCGAGGACCGGGCCCACGAGAAGCGCAGAGAAGCCGCGGCUACCCUCAUUCAGGCCCAUGUUCGAGCCUGGCUGGCCCGCGCGCGCUUCACCCAGCGCAUACUGGAGGAGUUUGAUAACAAUUUUAUCGAUGACAUCGGUAGCGACAGCACGACGGUGGAGUUGAAGCCCGCGCUAGAAGUAUACAGGAUCAUUUCUAGAUUUUUGUUAAUAUAUAAGAAAGAGAGGGAUCAAGAAAGAAUAGAGAGAGUAUGUAGGUACCUCGUGCUGACCCUCGACUCCGAGUCGCCAAAGAUAUCCUAUGUCGGGGUUGCGUUGAGCAAGGAUCACUACAUAUCAUGGAUAUCGCAAAUGAAGGCCGUUCUGCAUCACUGCCUCUGCGGCUUGGACGGCUUGAAGCCGGAGAGAGUGUCGGACCACAAGUCCAUCCUGCUGCGGCUGCACACCCUGGUGAGCUUCACGUCGCCGGGCACGUGGGCUAUACAGAAGGUGAAGGGGAUGGACCAGCUGAAGGCCGGCAUGAAUCAGCUGUGCGCCAACAUAAUGGGCCACUUAGUUAACAAUGGAUUUUACGCCAUCAUGCAGGCUCUGUUAAUGAAGGGUUUGGGUAGAGCGAAGAUCGCCCUGAAACCGGUCACGCUGUCGGCCGCGGUCACCCUGACUCUGCGGCCGCUCAUCUCCUCGCAGAUGUCCGACAAGCUGGUGUCGCUGUUCCUGAUCAACAUCUUCAGCGUGCCAGCCCUGGUCCAUCAUCUGAACAAUAUGUCACCGGAGUGCAUCUCGUCGUUUGUAACGAACAAUCUGUUCGCGAGGAGCUUGGAGCUGCUGAAUUCCGAGCAGAAUCUCAGGAUCGUGUUCAACGCACUGGAGGGCAGCUACGCGCUCUGCCUGCUCGCUAAUCUGAUACAGCUGGCGAACAUCGAGAGGGAAGAGGUGCUGCGAGAUCUCUGCUUCCCUUCCUUCACGUUCGUUGUGACGAGAAUGCUGGAAGCGUGUCAGCAAUACGUAGUUGCCAAGCGGAGCAAUCUGACGCAUUGGCAUCCCGUGUUAGGCUGGUUCGCACAGACCAUCGACACUUCGUUGCAAGACGCGACGCCUUCGGUAAAAUUGCAACUGGCCUGCCUGUGGACGGGCAGGAUCGUCACGCAUUUAAUCGAGCAGCCACUGACCGAACUCGUCGAAAAAGAGGUACCGCCACCGGUGGAGCAGCAAAGCACGUCCUCCGUAGGCGCGAAUAUCUUUCGACGCGCAUUUCUGGAGGCUCGCACCAACAGGAACAACAAUACUAAGAACUACAGGAAAUUGGGGAGUCCAGAAGCCACCAAGAUAGCGUUGAUCUGCUCUCUGUACCAAACGGCGCUGCACACGCUCACGCAGAUGAAAAUCGAGAUAUUGACCGGACUUUGCUACCAAGGCAAGAUUCUGUACCAUAUGUGGCUGUUUCUGACGACUUUGGGACCGCAUUGCGGCCUGAAGGCGUUUCUGGAUCUCUUGGCUGCCAACACUAAAUGCACAGCGCCCGAGUUCCAGAUGCUGAUACUGUUUGCCGACUGUAUGACGCAUUACGUGACAAUUCUAGACGACAUGGAGAUGUACGAGCAGCAGGACCCGUUCAAGCUCACGGACUUCAUUACCAUGUCAUACUUCCUAAACCAGUUCUUGUACAAAGCGGUUCUUACCAAUCUGUUCGACGUGAAGUCGGUGUCCAACAACCCUCUGUUCAUCUCGCUUUAUAUUCUUCUAAUGGCGAUCUACCGACGCGACUGCCGCAGAACGUUCUGUCCAGAGGGUCACUGGCUAGCCAAGGAGGUGCGAGUGUCGGGCUUCCUAGCGGAUCUGGAGAAGGGUCGGCGUGGUGCGGCGCUUUUACUCUCGAAGAUGCCCCACGUUAUUCCCCAUUCCGAACGAGUCGUGUUAUUUCGCAAACACAUAGCCGACGAGAAAGCGGUGAUGGGUCUGACCGAGAGCGCUUGCAACAGUCCUCCAACCACUCUCAUCGUUGUGCACAGAACGCGAAUAGUGGAGGACGGAUAUAGACAACUGGCCAUGCUGCCGUCGCAAGCGCUGAAGGGUGUUAUCAGGGUACGUUUCGUGAACGAACAGGGCCUGGCGGAGGCUGGCAUCGAUCAGGACGGAGUUUUCAAGGAGUUUCUGGAGGAAACGAUCAAACGAGUAUUUGACCCGUCCUUGAAUUUGUUCAAAGCGACCAGCGAGAACCGGCUCUAUCCGUCUCCCACCUCUUUCAUGCAGGACAAUCACUUGCAGUUGUUCGAAUUCGUCGGGCGAAUGCUCGGCAAAGCAGUUUACGAGGGCAUCGUCGUGGAUGUGCCUUUCGCGUCGUUCUUCGUGUCGCAAUUUUCCGGACAGACGGGUGGCGCGUUAUACAGCUGGUUGGACGAGCUCGCCUCGUUAGAUCGCGAUCUUUACCGCAGCCUGACCUUGGUAAAACAUUAUAAGGGCGACAUCCGGCAGUUGGAGCUGACGUUCUCGCUCGACGAGGACGUGCUCGGCAAACUGGUCACGCACGAGCUCAUCCCCGGCGGGCGCACCACGGCGGUCACCAAUCAGAACAAGAUUCAGUAUAUCCAUCACAUGGCGCACUACAGGAUGUACCAUCAGAUCAAGGAACAAACGACCGCCUUCAUCAAGGGAUUCCGCUCGAUCAUCAAUCCCGAGUGGCUGUCGUUGUUCUCCACGCCUGAGCUGCAGAGAUUAAUCUCGGGGGACAACGUUCCUCUAGACCUGCGAGACCUACGAAGGCACACGCAAUAUUACGGCGGCUUUCAUGACAGUCACCGAGUGGUGUGUUGGCUGUGGGACAUCCUGGAGAAGGACUUUACGGAAGAGGAGAGAGGCUUGUUCCUCAAGUUUGUGACGAGUUGCUCGAAAUCGCCAUUACUGGGCUUCGCACAUCUUGAACCACCCUUCUCCAUACGAUGCGUGGAAGUCUGCGACGACGAGGACACCGGCGAUACGAUAGGCAGCGUGAUUCGCGGGUUCUUCACAAUUCGCAAGAAGGAUCCGCAGAACCGACUACCGACUUCGUCGACGUGCUUCAACCUGCUCAAGCUGCCGAAUUACCAAAAGAAGAGCACGCUGCGGGAGAAGUUACGUUACGCCGUCACCAGCAACACCGGCUUCGAGUUGUCGUAGAUCCUAGCGACCGGACGAUUUUUUUAUCGCGGAAACACUGAAAGCUUGACAAGUGAACGUUCAUUCGCGCUAAUUCAUCAUGAUUGUUCUCGAUGCGAAACGGAAGACGAGACUCAGCGAUCGCAUACACGUCAAGACGAAGAAAGGCGAGACCGAAAGUUUAGCCAGCGACACGAUUAAUGGUAUCCCAAGCGUCGGCUAUGUACAAAGCGAUGUCGAAUGGUGUGCCUAAAUCGCCCCACUCCCGAUCCAGCGCGCAAUCCGCAAUCCACUCGAGUGUGUCGGUGAUUUUUCGCCGACUCUCAGAAGACGCGGAUGUCCAAAAGAGGCCAAUGUUCUCUAGGAAUGCCGCACGAUCUUCGUCCUGUAAUCCUGCGACCUGCAAUGUCAGAGACCGGUAGGGUGUAUUGAUCGAGAACAUACAAUAACGAGUUCGCUGAGAUGUAAUCGUUAGGUACACGCAUAUAUAUAUAUUAUAUAUUUAAAUGAAUUUCUUCGUACGACGAGAGCCGUAUUUUAAGUAUAAUAUUUUAGGAUAAAGCCUGACUACGACGCUCGUUUCCGCGGUCUUCGGUACACGUACACGAACACGCACUACCGAUGUGAGAUAUACACCGUACCUCAAAUGAGCUUAAUACCGCUGAGAUGAUAAUCGUGCGCUUGUUAGAAAAAUAGAGUCGUUGAUCAACGUUACAUUGAGCAUGGGGUGGCGAAAGUUUCUCUAUUUUCGUAGGUAAUCAACGUUGAAGAUAACGUAUAUCACGGACUCCGCUGAUCGGUGAACAUCGAACCUCGAAAAUUGAAUCGAUAAGUGACAACAGGCAGGACGCAAAUCUGGAAUUACAAUUGCGCGGCAGCUUGCAACAUAAAAUUAAUGUAAUAUUUAUUUUAAAUUAUCGUAUGAUUAAUUAUGUUUCAAGUGAUAUUCGGUGAUUUAGAAUGUUUUAGUUUGCAAAGUUUUGUUACCGAAAGGCUCGAGACAAAAAUGAAAAUAGACUUUUACAUUCCCGAGAUGCAGUGAGUAAAGUUAGUUUGUAAUUAUUAUGAGACGAAAUAUAAUAGUUUCUUUGUUCUUCGAGAAUACGUCGUGCUGAGUGUUAUUUAAUUCGCACGUGGCACGCACAAGUUUAUCAGCGUAAACAACUGCCAAGUAGUUUAUACUUUCAACGAAAAUUAUAUCUCGUGCACGGAAUCUAUUGUUUUAUUUUUUGGAAUCACCGUGAUUGUUCAUCGAACUGCGAUUUUCAUACGAUCUGCAGUUAAGAAUCGCAAAUAACUCGGUAUCGUUGCGUUGCGAGAACGAAGUGAUGUUUACGAAACUGCGUUUAUAUAAACCUUCAUUCUUAUUUUGAAUGCGGUUGCACACUCUCCAAGUUCAUACAUUGAAACCGAAAAUAUCCUGUAUUUGCGUUUUCUCUUUCGAUAUACAAAACGGUAUUGCAUCUCCGUCCAGUUCGUAAAUAAUCAUCCUGCAAAUUUUAAUUUAUCAUGAAACUUUCCAUUUAAAUUUCUAUAUCCGGAAAAAUUUCAAAGGACCUGUGACUUGCUUAUCGAUUCGAUUAAAACGAGGUAUGUUUCGAUGCGCAUUUCCAAAAAAGGUUUCGCCACCUCUACAUCAUCAAAGAAACAUCCUCUCCUCCAGGAAUUCUGUCCUUUCGGACAAACCAGCGCGUGUGCGAAACGGAGUGUCCGUGAGUAAUCAAAAGAAUUUGCCGGUUUCUAAAAGUUUUUCCUCGACAUGAAGAGAGAAAAGAAAGCAAAAGCCACGAUCUAUUUUAAAAGCUAUUUUUUCAAGAUUUUUGUACGGACUUUUGGCGCGACGUGCCAUUAAAUCGCAAUUUAACACGAUCUAAGGGUGCUAUUCCCACGGGCACUCGCGGAUGAAGAAUCCCGAAGUUCGUUCCGAUUGUAAAAGAUUCUAGCGGGAGUCUCGUCGUAUUCCGCGCGGCGUCAGAAUUCAAAAGUUCUCCGGACGUGUUAGGGAGCAAAAAACUUAUUAAUUUUGAAAUAAUACUUCUUUUACGAGUGGAACUUUAUCAUCGUGACAAAUAACAGAAUAAUAAAUAAUUUGAUCGAAAAGCUAAAAGAAUUGCAAAUAGAUAAACUUAACAAUUUGUGAAUUUAAUAUAACUAAAAUUCACAACUUCACAAAUUGUUUCAAGUUAAAAAAUGUAACUUUAUUUUUAUUUUCUUAUGAUUUUCUCUAAGGAUUCUAAUGGCCCAAUUUCUCUUCGCGGGACAUAAAAGCUAUUCUUUUACUAAUCAAAUUUAGAUUUUAAUUGGCUUCUAAUAAUUUAGCACGUUCGAGCAUGCUUAAUCAUCGCGACGGAAAAUCGACGCGAACUUCGCUAAAAUCCGGAAUUCGCCGUAAUCGCAACGCGUGUAGAAUAUUCACGUGUUUACACACACACACACACACACAGAGACACACGGACACAUACACACAAACAUCGAAAAAAGAGGGCACAAAGGACUACGGUACUCUGCGUGAACAUAGCGCGCGAGAAAAAAGAAGCGAAGUUUAAUAAUAUAAUAUUGUUAUUCCUCUGCCUUUUGGUAUGCGUAUGGUAAACGGCAAGGUGAGGGACGUCGAAAGAAGAAAUUCGAUCAUACAGACCAAAGAUGAAAGCGAACGAUUCGAGAUAAUGUGUAAUCCUUGCAUAUUUUCAUACCGUGAUUAGGCGCGUGCUGCAAACUUCGCGAACCUGCGUUUACACGGCUGCAAUCGAGGCUGCUAAUAGAACACGAUUAAAAGCGCACUACCGUAAUUGGAGCAAUUAUUUCUCAAAAACAAAUUUUUCACUUUUUUCGGAUUUGUCAAAUUUUCCAACUUCGAUAUUUCCAAAUAUAUACCAAAUUGUUUUUGUCAAAAUAAAUAUAAUACAGUAUUACCAUUGUUUUUAUGAAAUAUGUAAUGCAGCUAUAAUUCUAGCUUUAUUAUACACGCACAGGACGUAUUAUGUUCGACAGAAUGAUUUAAUUGGGAAUCAUUCUUAUUGUUUUUUUAUUUAUAUACUUAAUCUUAAGGAUUUUGUGUAAGCGCAGGAUUCGCGAUCGCGUACGUUUGUCAAAGUGGAGCGACAGAUAUCCCACAGGUGUGCGAUGCAUGAGUAUACUCGUAAUAGAAACGAUACGUGCAAAAAAAAGAACAAAAGAGUAAGAAAUUAAGUAGAAACGUAAGAUUGAUAUCGAACACGAAGACUUGCGAUUGUAAGAUAAAUUUGUGUCAGCGAAUCAUGCAUGUAUGGAGUCGAAUCACUUAAUGGACUUGAAUCUUCAUUAAAAAAAAGAGAGAGAGAAUAUGGCAAUGCGCCAUAUGACGUUUCUCUUACAAUCGUAAAGCGAAAGGAAAUCACGCAUUGUGUAAAUCGCCUCGAUUAUGCAACGGCCGCACGUUUCGCCGUUUAUAAUCGACGGUAAAUUAUUGAGAUUCUGUAUAAGGAAAGGAAAGAUUCUGUGUAAGAAAGAGAAAGAGAUUCGCUAAUUUCGUAUGAUGCAGAUUGGCAACAAUCGUGUAAAUAUAUACACACAUCGCAAAA